ACGGUCUGGUCGGGGCCCGGCGGCUCCGAGCGGAACCGUCCUCUGCUCUCACUUCCGUGUCACGGAGCUGCGCGACUCGUCUUCACCGGCCGACGCCGGGACCGGUGGACGAUGUGUGACCAGACGCUGGACUACUUCGUGGGCCUGGCUGAGCUGGAGCAGCGGGACGCCGCCUGCCUGAGCUGGUCUCACGCCGUGAACAGCAGCAGCCGGCUAGAGGAGGCGCUGUCAGGUCCCACGCACAUGAUUGAAGGCGACGUCCUCCUAAGAGGCUGCAACCCCAGAGAGCCCAUCAUGGCACACCCCCCCGACACCGACAGCGACCUGGCCCUGAGGCAGUGGCUGCUGGGAGUCAGGAUGCACAGCAAGGGCAUCAAGCUGGACUUCAAGAGCCUGGAGGCGGUGGCUCCGUCUUUGGUUCUGCUGGAUGAGAUGCUAGUUGAGCCCAGCCGUCCUGUGUGGGUCAACGCUGACAUCCUGCCUGGUCCAGGGGGGCAGACCACACCUCUGGAUCCUCAGGCUUUCCUUUCUGCUGUCACAACUCUUCCCACUGACACUGUGCUGUCUCUUGGCUGGACCACACACUGGACCGCUGGGACAGAUAACCCCGGUUACAGCUGGGAUAUGGUUCGUGUUAUGCAUGACAUAUGUGGAAGCCUUAAACAUCCAGUCACCUUCCCAGUGCGUGGCGCUCUGCUGGCCCAGUCCUUCUCCCAGCUCUCAUGGCUGCUGCAGCAGUCAGACAGGUACACUCUAACGGUGUGGACUGGUCAAAAUGAUGAGUUAACUCUACAGGAAUUGCUGCCCUACAGAAAAGAGAUUGACGUGAGCAGAGUCUACUAUGACCUGCCCAACUCUCUGAGGACAGAGCUCAGUAUGAUAUCACAAGACAAUAACUGAAACUCUUCUGAGUCCACCAAGAAGUUGUCUGGCUGUGGCUACUUAACUCUGACAGCAGGCUGAUGCCUCCAAGUGGAAGAGAGAAGGUUUCGGCUGUGGCUCAGGUUGCAGAGCGGGUUGUCCACUGAUUGCAAGGCUGGCAGUUCCAUCACCGGCCCCUCCCUCUACAUGUCACAGUGUCCAUAGCAUAGACUGUAUAAAAAAUGGACGUA